GCUGUCUCGCUCCCGGAAGUGGAGGGUCUACUCGGAGAGCGUCGCUGGGUCUGGAUGCUCGGAGGCAGAAGCGCUCGCGGAGCUUGCCCGUCGGCCCCCGAUCGCCAUGUCGUCCUUCGACACCAAUCCCUUCGCGGACCCAGUGGACGUAAACCCCUUUCAGGAUCCCUCUGUGACCCAGCUGACCAAUGCCCCACAAGGUGGCCUGGCUGAAUUCAACCCUUUCUCAGAGACAAAUGCAGCGACGACGGUUCCUGUCACGCAGCUCCCUGGGCCCUCACAGCCAGCUGUUCUCCAGCCCUCAGUGGAACCAACCCAGCCAACCCCCCAGGCCGUGGCCUCUGCAGCCCAGGCAAGCCUGAUCCGGCAGCAGGAAGAACUGGACAGGAAAGCUGCCGAGCUGGAGCGUAAGGAGCGGGAGCUGCAGAACAGUGUGGCCAACUUACACGUGAGGGAGAACAACUGGCCGCCCCUGCCCUCGUGGUUCCCGGUCAAGCCCUGCUUCUAUCAGGACUUCUCUGCAGAGAUCCCUGCCGACUACCAGCGGAUAUGCAAGAUGCUCUACUAUCUCUGGAUGUUGCACUCGGUGACUCUGUUUCUGAACCUGCUUGCCUGCCUGGCCUGGUUCUUAGUCGACACCAGCAGGGGAGUGGAUUUUGGCCUCUCGAUCUUGUGGUUUCUGAUCUUCACCCCCUGUGCCUUCCUUUGUUGGUACCGACCCAUCUAUAAGGCCUUUAGGUCUGACAACUCUUUCAGCUUCUUCGUGUUCUUCCUUAUAUUUUUUUGUCAAAUAGGGAUCUAUAUCAUCCAGUUGAUCGGCAUCCCUGGCUUAGGGGACAGUGGUUGGAUGGCAGCCCUGACUACACUGCAUCAAGACUUGGCUGUGUCGAUCAUCAUGAUGGUGGUGGCUGGUUUCUUCACCCUCUGUGCAGUGCUCUCCCUCUUCCUCCUAAAGCGGGUGCACUCCCUGUACCGCCGGACAGGGGCCAGCUUCCAGCAGGCCCAGGAGGAGUUUUCCCAGGGCAUCUUCAGUAACAGGACCUUGCGCAGCGCUGCCUCAUCUGCUGCCCGGGGAACCUUCCAGGGGAAUUAGUCCUCUAACUCUUCACCCUCUGCCCCAGCCUUUUCUCUCACCUGCCUUCUGAGCUGCACUUUUCAUGGGUGCCUUAAGCAGUGGUUAUGCCCAGCACAGACCUGGGGAGGGUUUUGCCAUGGUUCUUGCUCCUUCCUCAGCAACCAGCUCUCCCUUCCACUGAUGUGGAAGGGAGGGAGGGACCAGGACUGUUUUUUAUAUAAGAGAAAAGAAAAAAAAAAUCAUUCUUUCCUUCUCUGGUGGUGGUUUGAUGGGAUUCUUUUUGUCUCUCUAGAAGCAGUGGGACUGACACAUGAAACCACACAUGUACCCUUAAACACAUACAAUUGGGAUCCAGCUGACCUGGGCCUACCCAGCUGGAGUUUUGUUUCUGCGAAGGUUCUGGGGUGCUACUCUGUCCCCCUGCAGGCCUGGCCUGAAUCUAAUUGCACAGACAUAAACUAUGGCUUCUAGUCCUGUCCUCCCUUCCUGCCUAGGCUGGAGUGGCCUCCUAUGGACACCCCUUUAGAUGAGCUGUAGUCUAGACAGGUAGGCAACUGUUCUCCAGCUCAGGUAGUCUCUGGACUUUCACAGGCUUCUGGCCUGGUUAGUCCAGGCUCUGCCUGCUUAGAGCUCUAGGCCCCCCUGCAUCCUCUGAUCUACCUUAUGCAUCCAUCUACCUUAUGUCCUCUGGGGCCCUCCCUGAGCCCUUCCCUCUUUAGACUUCCUGAAUGUGCAAUGGGGAUGAGGAUGGAUAGAGGACAGUGACCCCAAGAUGUCCUACCCAGCCUUUGGCAGUCUUCUAAAAGGUGGGGUCUAGCUGUCCUGGUGCGCUUUGUUUUAAUUCCCUCCUCUCCUGGGAGACAGCUGUCCUUUGCCUCAGCCUCAGAGUCUACCUGCUGGCCUGGUGCUCCCUGCUCCCCAUCAGAAAUAAUCUAGCUUACCUGACUUUGAGGGAGGGCAGGGGUAAUCAGUCCAGAGCUGUAUCCUUCUGCGUAGACUAAUGAGCCACCCCUUUCUGAGGGUUCUGGACUAAUCACCCAGGGUUCUCCCACACCCUGAGUAAGUCUUCCACUGGUCUUGGGGACCCCCCAGGGGCUGUGUCACUGUCAUGGUCCACGGGUAAAACCUGUACCCUGUCCUCCAGAGGCAGUAGACAUGGGUGUGUAGACUGAGGGGCUUAUCAAAAAGCUGGCUAAAACCUCCCUCCCAGGACUUGGGCCCACUGGAGGUUCCCACAGGCUGCUCCCCUCUCAUCCUCAGAGCCAUGGAAUAUUAAAGGCAGUGACCAAUCUUUUGUAAACUUUCGGUAUUUUUUCUCCAUGUACAAAUGUAUAUGUUAUAUCUCAAUAUUGUGCUUAAAUAAAAACAAGACAUUUUCAGACAACUAUGA